AUGGCUGCACCGUCGAUGUGUACACUGUAGGCCUACAGUCUUUUCGUGUCGACUUAUUGUAAUGGAACAAUUUUGUUAUCUUUUAGUAAAUCAACAAAAAAUUCAGUUUUAGACAAGUGUUUUGUUUAAUUGUUUAAUUCCAUGAUACGGAUUUCUCGGUACAGCUUGCAUGUGGUAGGUGAAUUAUGCCACGAGACAAUCUUUUGUUUGGAGUAGGUCUAUUCCCAAAUGGCCUUUUUAAUAACAACAUACCUAGAAACAACAUGAAUGGUGCUGGACCUACUCUGCUUAAUAACAACAAUCCAAAUUAUGUAAAUGCUAAUCAGUUAGCUACUGUGAGAGAUAGAAUGUUCCAUGCCAUUUUUCAUCGAAUGGCUAUUGCAUAUGCCAGGACAUUCCCAAAACCUAUUCGAAGACUUUUGGAAUGGCUCUUCCUAUUAAAGGCACUGGCAGCUUUCCUAAUGCUUCUGUAUAUACACAUAAUUUUUUCCCGUUCCCCCAUCACCUGUCUGGAUCACAUAAAAGCUGACUGGCCACGAGAGGGUAUUGUGAGAAUUGACAUUACCAGAAGUGGAAAUGGUCCAGACAUACAGGGUUAUUCAUUACACCAUUCUUAUGCUAAAGAGCAAAGGAUACAUCAGAGAGAGCAAUUUGAAUAUCAGGCUAUGUUUGGUUUUUGGAGUGGACCAUAUAGUUCUUCAGCUGACUCAGAAGAAACUGAAUCAUCCGCGCUUAAGGAGACGACGGAAUUGUUAUCAGACGAAAUUUACUUCAAUGAUACUUUGACCAACAAUAUCACGAAUUUGGAUGAUGAAAGGAUUGAUUCUCUGCUUCCCACAGAGGUUUCAGAACUCGAUAAAAUCAUAAGAGCCAUGUGGCCACCGGAAGAGUAUAUUGUAGAGUUUUCUUUGGAGUACGGUUUUUUGCGUUUGAGCCCUACAACCCGAAGAAAAUUAAAUAUCACUAUUUUGCUCGUUACGCUGGACCCGGUUAACAACACUUGCUUCGGCGACAGCUUUGGGCGAUUUUUACUUGAUGAAUUUCUUGGUUACAAUGACUUUAUCAUGGGAGCAGUCAAGGCUUUGGCUGAGGCAGAAGACAGUCAGGGAUAUCUUCGGAACGUGGUGACAGGUGAACAUUACCGGUUUGUCAAUAUGUGGAUGGCUCGUACAUCGUAUAUUGCGUCCGCCUUUGCCAUGGUGAUUUUUACUUUGUCGAUAUCGAUGUUGUUGCGGUAUUCACGGAAUCAGAUCUUCAUUUUUAUUGUCGACUUGCUGCAGAUGCUGGAAUUCAACAUAAAUGUCACUUUUCCAGUCGCGUCAUUUUUCACCGUCAUUCUGGCUUUAGUCGGAAUGGAAGCUAUUAUGGCCGAAUUCUUCAACGACAGUUCCACUGCCUUUUAUGUCAUUAUCUUCGUCUGGGUGGCAGAUCAGUACGAUGCAGUUUGCUGUCACACUAGCGUCACCAAACGUCACUGGCUCAGGUUCUUCUACCUGUAUCACUAUGCCUUUUAUGCCUACCAUUAUCGCUUCAAUGGACAGUAUAGCGGACUGGCUUUGGUGACGUCAUGGCUCUUUACACAGCAUUCGAUGCUCUACUUCUUUCAUCACUACGAGCUACCACUUAUCUUGCGUCAGGUUCAACUGCAAAACAUGUUGAUCCGGACGACCAACAGCUCCAGUGCGGGCGGCUCUUCGGCUGGAGUAACAGCCGCUUCCACUGAGAGUGUCAUCGACCGAAACCACCGGUCUCCCGGACCGGAAGCCGACAGUGAUGCCCAGGUCGAUUUUGAGACUAGAGACCGCGAUUCUGACUCACCAGCUCCCGAAACCCUCUCGGACGACUCAGAAAUGGAAUCGAUAGCUGAUGGAGUUCACAGCGACGCUGAUCCACCAGCCAACGGUGGCGAUGGCAGUAGCAGUAGUAGUAUUAUUACGGCCGCUUCCACUACGUCCAACAGUGGCGUAGAAAUCCUGCCAGCGGACUCACAUCCGGUAGAUUUGCCUAAUGCCCAACAUCCUCUUCGUGAUCGACCGUAUUCAUUGCUUCGAUAAAUCUAUUUUAGCUAAUAAAUACCCUCAUAUAACUGAGAACAUUUGUGCAAGUAAACACUGUAAAAGCCUGUCCUUACUUUGAUUUUGUUUUCUUUGCAAUCAAUUUUUAUUUAUUUUUUUGUUUUGUUUAUUUUUUUAUUUUUUUUUAUUUUUACUUUUUACUUUUUUUUACUUUUUUUUACUUUUUUUUUUGUUGUUUAUGAUUGGCAGGUGGUGGAUUCUCUGCAGCUCACGCACUAGCCAAAAAAAAUAAUAUCUAUCAUCAAACAAGAGAAUUAUUAACAGAACCAUAGUCCGUUUUAUAUUGCAUAACGGAGAUCUAGCUCUAAAAAAGGCAGGUCUAGCUCGAUAGUUCAAUGCUCCAAAUUGUUGUCUCUUUCAACCUCUUCGUGACAGCCGAUGAUGGAAGUAUGCGACGAAGAGCGAAACUGAGUGUGGAUGAUGAAUAUCUAUCGAGUGUUGAUUAAUGACACCGAACGAAUUCUGAUUUACUGGCGAUUCCCAGCAGUGACUUUCAUGCACUUUCUUCUGAUUAUUAUUACAGCAUUACCGAUGGCAAAGACAAAAGAAAUAAUAAAUGAUAUGAUGAAACGAAGCAAGAUUCCUGUAUAGCUGUCACCUCCUCCAUCCUCUAUUUCCAGUUCUAUUCUCUUUUUCCUUGUGAAUUAUGUACAACAUGGUGAAAUUAAACAUACGGAUAAUGAAAAUUGA